AUGCGCUACCGCAAAUACGAAGUCUGGAUCACCGACGGCGAGAACAACAACCUACCAGAAUAUGCUAUGCAAUUUCACAGGAAGACGCGGACGGCGACGUGCUACAUCCCUAGCGAAAGUGGCAAGACGUUCGUCAUCCACGGCAAGGAUUGGCACGACGCCAUGCACCACUUCCGCCUCGUCGUCAAGCUGGACGGCCGGCCGGCCGGCACGACUAAAUGCCAGCCCUACACACAGGUGAAACGCGUCGGGAUGCGUACCUCAUCCAUGGAGACCUACCAGGCGUACCAGUUCGCGAAUCUCGAAACCACAGUGUCCAUCGACGAGCUUGGCACGAUAGAAAUCGCGAUCGAGCUCAUUCGGUCGAACGCCGUCGCCGUCCCGUUCGCGCCCCACCGCCUAGAAGAGAUAGGUGUCAUCAACGAGCGAAGCAAGAAGGCGGGCACACAUUGCGCAACCGUGGCACCUCACAUAACCGUCCCCGCCCACCGCGCGUCUACGGAGCGUUACCAUACCAAACCCCUGCAUAUUGACGCCCCGGAGCAAUACGUGACCUUCGUCUUCAAGUACAGGCCUGCAGCUCUCCUGCGGGCACAGGAGAUCGAUAAGCCCGAGCCGGAAUUCCGCAAGGAGAAGAAACAGUGGCGAGUGAAGCUGGAGGCGAUAGUGGCGCGGGACGACCGCAGAUUCAUGAGUCUUGGCUCUAAGGCGAGUCUGGACACGACCAUCGUGCGGAAACGUCCCGCGCCGGAUUGCGAGGUGAGACCACCCCUCACCAAGUCCACUGGUGGGAAAGAGAACGCGGGCGGGAAGGUGGUCCCGGGUGGGAAGGUGACCCCGAACGGGAAGAAGAAAGCAGGCGGGAAGCAGAAAGCAGGCGGGAAGCAGAACACAGUGGUGAAGCAGAGCGCAGGGGUGAAGCAGAGCGCAGGAGUGAAGGAGAACGUAGACGGGACGCAGAACGUGAAGGUGAAGCAGGAGCCAGACGAGAGGGGAAACCUGGGCGAGAAAGAGAACUUGGACGUGAUACCCUCCCGCCCGCACAAGCGCAUCAAGUGCGAACCGCAAGAUUAG